AGAGAGAAGGAGGAGAGAGUGAGAGAGAGGGAGAGAGAGAAAGGGGAGAGACGGGUGGGCAGGCUGCUCACCGUAAACGAUGGUUGUCGGAUAGAGUCUUGAAGAGCUAAUGAAACUGGCUGCUUGAAUUGUUUGCAGCCAUUAUAGAGCUCAGUUGCCCGGCGUGCUUUGCAUCUCUCGGAUACUUGGAAGAAAAAAAAAAACUGCAGCAGCACGCAGAUAAAGAACAGUUUUUCUAUUUUUAAAGAAGAGGACUUGCUUAAUAUCUAUUAUUUUACCACCGUUUUUUUCCCCCAUUCUUAGUUUUCCUCCAGUCAGCCUUUUCACGUCAGCAGCAACUCUUUCCCUGCGGACCGUUUCAUGCGCGGAGGAAGACCGACCUCCCGCUUGGACCCAGUGCCGGCCUCCCACACUCCUCUGGCGGGCUCAGAAGCAGCAGUUCCCGGCAUUUGCUGGGAUGUUUGAGUCGCGUUGUUUGGUGGGGUGAAGGGACCGAGAGAGUGGCCGGAGAGACCGAAGGGACGGAGGCCGAGAGAGGAGCCGAGAGCAUGGCUCUGGUAGCGCUGUCUCUCUGGGUGCUAACGAGUCUCACCUGGGCGGACGUGGUCCCGGUGUCAGCCAACAGGCAUUCCGUUUACUGGAACAGCUCCAACAUACAUCUGCGUAGGGAGGGCUACACAAUGCAGGUGAACGUCAACGACUACCUGGACAUCUACUGCCCUCACUACAACGACAGCCAGCGCAUGGUGGGCACCGGCGAGCAGUACAUCCUCUACAUGGUCAGUAAUCGUGGGUACAGGAACUGCGACCCCCAGCUGGGCUUCAAGAGGUGGGAGUGUAACCGGCCCCACGCCCCCCACGCGCCCAUCAAGUUCUCGGAGAAGUUCCAGCGCUACAGCGCCUUCUCGCUGGGCUACGAGUUCCACGUUGGACAGGAGUACUACUACAUCUCCACGCCCACCCAUCACCACGGCCGCAGCUGUCUGAGACUACGAGUGCACGUCUGCUGCUCCACAGCCUCCGACGCAGAUGAUGAGCCAAAGCCUACAGAGCCAGACUACACGCUCAGACCAGGCCUAAACAUUGACGAUAUUGAUGAAUUUAACCCUUUCGUUCCCAAGCUGGAGAAGAGUGUCAGCGGAAGCAGCCCAUCCAGGGAUCGCCUUCUCCUCACCGUGACGAUGCUCUUUCUGGCCUCUCUCUUCAUCUCCUAGCAACGGCCAUCCCAUCAGCGUCACCAUGCCAACUAGCCUUGGGAGGGUGUACAGUAUCAGCGGAUGGGAGAGUUGAGGAGGGGGGGAGUCAGGAGGAGAGGAGAGUUAAGAUACCAUAAAUAGAGCAGAAGGCAAGAGGAGCAAGAAAUGAGAGUUUUCAAGCAUCACAGUGUGUGUGUGUGUGUGUGUGUGUGUGUGUGUGUGUGUGUGUGUAUGUGUGUGUGUGUGUGUUUGUACAGCUGUGUGUCUGAGGGAGUGUGGUUUUGGUGGAGUUGAAAGACCUUCAGGCACUCGGUGACACAGCCUGAACCAUAUGUUGCACCAAAGUCAGCCUGUGCAUACAGAUACAGAUACAGGUGUGGUAGACUGUGUGUGUGUGUGUGUGUGUGUGAGUGAGUGUGUGUUUGUGUGUGUCUGUGUGUGUUUAUGUGUGUGUGUGUCUGAACAGGCCAAAGUUUGAGCUUGUUGAAUCGUGCACACCACACAAAGCAUUUAUACACCAGGAGAGGCGAGGCUGAAAUCCUAGUAAAAAGAAGAAAAAGCAUCAAAUCCACCCACCCAAUUGAAAACCAUUUGAAGACUUUACCCUGGAUCUGAUUGGCUGAAACACUUCCUUAGCGGUAGUUGCCAUAGUUUCUUGCAACAAGAAUUAAACUGACCUCGAAUGAACUGAAUCAGAUAGAUUUCAUCACAACUGAACUGAAAUUGCCUUUUGUUGUUGCUGUUGUUGUCGUUGUUGUUGUUGUUGAUCUUGAUGUUGGGAACUUGUCCCAGUCUACGGAGGAGGAGGGGGGAGGGGGGGACCAGUUGAUGACCUGUGUAGGAGACUAGUCAAAGUAGCUGAUAGUUCAUGAACGCACCCUGGGACUCCAGACGCCUCCAGUGUCAUCUCCACUCUGUCUGCUGUGGCAUCAGUCUCCAGCACGUCUCUAAUGAAGGCAGCGGGGCUGGACGGGGUCAGAGCAUUCAAACGAUGAGUCAUCCCCUGAAACAAAAAAACAAAAGGGGCUUUACUGUAGAUGUGCCGUUGCCACCGAAACUGCAAGGGUUUGUUGCCGUCAUCAGUUGCUGUGUUACUUUUCUGUCCUGCCACUGAAGUACUCGGUUAGUCCUCCGUCAUCUCUGAGGUUAAAGAAGCACACGAUGGCUCCGGAGCAGCCACGGAUACACUCAGCAAUACUGCCCUCCUCUCUCGACCCCACUGCAGGCUGUUCGGAGGAGAGCAAGAGGAGCAGGGAGGAGGGACGAAGGAGGAAGAACAGUCACUCACACUACUAACAGGUCCAGUCCCGGACAAUAAGAAGCUCUCCACUGAUCAGUGUUGGGGUAGCAUUCCGCUCUACCAAUCUCAUCUCUGUAAACCCAUUCGUCAGAUGCCACAUGUAAACGGUUUUCUGUUACUGUGUGAGUGUUUGUGUGUGCUUGAAAGAGUGUCUGAGUGUGCCACAUGUGUGUGUGUGUGUGUGUGUGUUUGAGAGCGAGAGAGACUAUUUGAAGUGGUACUAACAGCCUGAAAAUACAUCCACAUACUGUAUAUCUUAUGAAAAUGCAAAAUAAAAAUAAAAAUAAAAACACAAACUAAAGCAACAAGUAAUACAUACAAACCAAGUGCUUUGGUGGGGAGGUUCGGCAAUUCAAAACUAAAACAACUGUACCAGUCGGGUGCUUCAGAAUAGCGUUUCCAUAGCAACUAGCACCUUAUUCACCAUGGUUACACCACCCUGCCAAACGAUGGACUCUGGUAGGGCAUGGCUUACCAUAGUAGCUGAUAACAAUGAUGACGGUGAGGAAGAUUAGAAUGACGACGGCGACGACGAUGAUGGACUGCGAGCUGGCCGACCAGGUCACCCACCGGCGUGUGAGGCGUUCAAGUACUCGUGUAAAUGUCACAACGGACAAAGAAUGGAGGAACAAUGUCUUGAAAUUUGCCACGGUGAAAUGUGAUGUAAGCAUUUUACAAACUCGAAACUCAGUUUUCUUGUGUUUUUUUUAAAAUGUUUUUAUUAUUAUUUUGUUGAGUUUACUGUGGUGUAUUUUUGGUUAUCUUGAGGGGGAGACAGGGGUUUAAAAGUUGGAGGAUUGGGUGGGUUGAGCCAUAUGUACACUUGGGCUGCACUCUGUGAGUCUCAUUGACAUAACUGCGGUUCUCAACCCUUUUGGCUUGUGACCCAUUUAAAGGACACUUAUGUCACGUGUUGUAAAAUGUCUCCUGUGGCUCCGUAGGGAACUCUGAGAGAACAACCCUGAUGAUGUCACCCGGGUUGGUUUGGAUUGGAGUCAGUGACCAGUUUAACGAAGGGAUGAUUAUACUUCCUGAAGAGGUAUAAUUAUUUAAAAGAAACAUUUGAAAGAUUAGAAGAAAGUGUUAAAUCAUAAAUCAGAUUUGUGCGAUAUUUCAAUUCUGCUUAAAGGUGCUUCAUUCGAGCAUUAAUGUAGCAGCAGACAACUGUUUGCUAUGGUGGAGUAAUGUCUACCUGAGCAGAGAAUGAAGAUGCUCUCCCUCAGUGUGUUGUUAUCCAAGCUUCUUCUUGCUUUGUUCACAUAGUCAGGCCGGCUGCGCGUGCUUUUAGUGCAUGUUUCGUGCAUGUGAGCGUGGCCCACUGGCUAGCACACGGCCGCUGCUCUGAAAUGAGCUCAUACGGCGGUAACAGCUGAUAACUGUCUGACCGAUGACGUCCUUAACGAGUGUAGCAGCCAGCCUCCGGUUCUCCCUCAGGUAAACACCGAUAGCUCUGUCAGCACUUUUCCAGUUGUUUGCACUGUUAGUGCCGUCAGCACCGUUUGCUGCGAGACGCCGGCUCAGCCUUUGCCAUGUUGAGAGCCGUUAAGAGGCAAUAGAAAUGCUCCCAAUCUCGCAUUUAGCACCGUCCAGUCCACCAGGUUGGGAACCACUGAUAUGUGUGUAUUUAAUCCUGAGGAAUUCAUUUUUUGUAUCAUUGUGUGCUUGUAGUUUGGGAGUAUUGUGGCUUUUUUUCCAAAGGAGUGUGUCAGCUAGCGAGAUCAACAAAACUUCAAGGGACAGCUCUCGAGUAAACAACAAAAGCACACAUUGUCCAAUUGAUACGCAAUAGCUUUUGUCAACCAGACCAGAGAUUGUACAGGUGGGAACGAACAGGGACCAUGUGGUUUUGGAGCAUCAUUGAGAACAUUGCAUUAGGAGACAGAGUGUGAAGCAACCCAGGUGUACUUAUGGCUCUUGGAGGGAGGGCCAGGUAGGAAAGGUUUUGGGUCCUGGUGUGGACUUUGAAGACGAGAGGGUAAAUCACUCUUCAAGAAGUUGCACUUAAGAACUUAGACACAAGAGUAAGAAAGUGUGCUGUUGUGUGCCCGUCUGAAUGUGUGUGUGUGUGUGUGUGUGUGUGUGUGUGUGUCAGGGAGAGUAAGUCGGAGCUCAUUUCUGUUAAUCACUUCAUAUGUGUGUGCAGGAGCUUUAGAGUGAGAUGCUGUCCGUCUUUGUGUGUGUCAGCGUGUACGUGUGUGUGAGUGAGUGAGCAACAGUCUUUUUGUUUCUGCUCUUCCCAUGUGCGUACGAAUGAGAGUGUGACCGAUCUUUGUCUGGCAAAAGAAAAAAAAAAAGCAUUUAAUAAUGUUGGAAACAACAAUUACAAUCAUGUUUACCUUCGACUGGAAUGAUUUUAAAUGAACUUGAAAAUAAACUGUAAACUGAACAAACCAUAACAGAGGUAAUAACAAUGAUCAUGAUAACAAAAUAAUAAGCUUACAAAUCUUACUUUUAA